UUGGUUCCACGGAGCCUGUUUUGACAGACAGGAGCGGUCCGUGAGAGCUGGAGCUCACCUGUUUAAUUGGACUAUCGCGACAAGUUGCCCAAGUGACGUCAGUAGGACUGGUCAACUGGUCCAAAUUGUCGAGGAAUACGCAUACCAGAGGGUUUUCCUGCGUGUUGACAGAGCGCCGGACAGGACUGCAGUCGCAUGAUCCAGGGACAUUUUCACCAGCGCCACAAGUGAAUGAGUCCUCGGAGGAGAGCUGACUAGAAGCACCUCAGUCUUUGAAUGGAUGCAGGACAGAGGGCUGUAACUAAAACGAAAUGGACCACCGGUAACAAACGGUGCCAACGCAGCCUGAGAUUUGGUGUUAAGAUCAAAUGAGUGUCAGGGACUGGCUUCUGCCGCGCGCUUCUGCUUGAACACAGGAGGACAUCUGACUUUUUACGCGUGGGUAAAAACUCUGGAACCACAUUCGCCAACAGAAUUCACAGGGUCUCUGUUCACAGUCAGGUCGACCAGAGCAGUUUGAUCUCAAGACUAGGGUUGUAAAAGCAGCACUGCACCUUAUUCCUGGCUGUCACCCUGAAGCCGUCAUCAUUGAAGCCUAGUGGUCGGUGCUCCCCUGCCUUCAGAGCCAUGGGUUGUACGGUGAGCGCUGAGGAUAAAGCGGCCGCGGAGAGGUCAAAGAUGAUUGACAAAAACCUCCGGGAGGACGGAGAGAAGGCGGCCAGAGAAGUGAAAUUGCUUUUACUAGGUGCUGGCGAGUCGGGGAAGAGCACCAUUGUAAAGCAGAUGAAGAUCAUUCACGAAGAUGGCUACUCAGAAGACGAGUGUAAGCAGUACCGAGCUGUGGUUUAUAGUAAUACCAUCCAAUCCAUUAUGGCCAUCGUUAAAGCUAUGGCCAAUCUCAAGAUAGACUACAGCAACUCUGGCAGAGCGGAUGACGCCCGCCAGCUCUUUGCCCUCUCUGCAGCUGCUGAAGAGCAGGGCAUUCUGCCUGACGACCUGGCCAAUGUGAUUCGGCGAUUGUGGGCUGACAGCGGCAUACAGAGUUGCUUUGCACGGUCGCGAGAGUACCAGCUCAAUGACUCAGCAGCAUACUACCUGAACGAUCUGGAAAGAAUAGCCAAAGCAGACUACAUCCCCACCCAACAAGAUGUGCUGCGAACUCGAGUCAAGACCACUGGCAUCGUGGAGACUCACUUCACUUUUAAGGAACUGCACUUCAAAAUGUUUGAUGUGGGUGGCCAGCGUUCAGAGAGAAAGAAGUGGAUCCACUGCUUUGAAGGAGUCACAGCCAUUAUCUUUUGUGUUGCACUGAGUGCAUAUGACCUGGUGCUGGCUGAGGAUGAAGAGAUGAACCGGAUGCAUGAGAGCAUGAAGCUGUUUGACUCUAUCUGCAACAACAAAUGGUUCACCGAAACCUCCAUCAUCCUGUUCCUCAACAAGAAGGAUCUGUUUGAGGAGAAGAUCACUCGCAGCCCACUCUCCAUCUGCUUCCCGGAGUACUCAGGAGCUAACAAGUAUGACGAGGCAGCCAGUUACAUUCAGACCAAGUUUGAGGACCUGAACAAGAAGAAGGACACCAAGGAGAUCUACACCCACUUUACCUGUGCCACUGACACCAAGAACGUGCAGUUUGUCUUUGACGCUGUCACUGACGUCAUCAUCAAGAACAACCUGAAAGACUGUGGUCUUUUCUAAAGGACAAUGCCCAGUGCACAUAGACUGCAUGAGAGACUGCAACAGCCAUGUGAUGAUUACUGCUUUUCAUAAUGAAAACCAUAACGGACUGAAUUCCUAGCGGGGAAGCCUGGCAGAAUUUCAACAAUCAGUGACUCCCAGCCAUCAUGUUUUCCAUCUAAUGUGUUCUUUUUAUGUAUUUUUGUUACUGCUCUAGAUCAGCGGUUCUCAAAUUUCUCCAUACAGAGUGCCUCUGUGUGGUUAGGUGUUUGGGCAAGCACCCCCCAAAUUGGAAAAGAACCCCUAAAUAAUCUGAGACACUCAUUUGAGAACUGCUGUUUUUAAAUUAAAUUUUGAGAAUGACACUGGCCAACUGGCUAGAAGGGAGAAUUAAUUGUUGGAAGAGUCAUACUUAGCAUAAAAAUAACCCAUUCUCUCAUCAUGCAAAAUGGAAGAUAAAAGUACAGAAAAGCUAAACUGUUGUCCAUACAUGAUAUGCCCUCGGGGUUUUCCUGUGUCACAGUUUGAGAACCACUGCUCUAGAUGGUAGAUAUUUAAUUUGACAGGUCUCAUUUUUGUAUUUAGAUGUCACAAGUUUGAUUUAAUAUCCCCCCACUACAUUUUAAUUUUCGUCUUCCUUUGGUUUUGAGUUUUAAUCAGAGGUUAGAAUAAAAAAAUAACUUUUUAUAUAUAUAUAAAAAUACAUUAACUUUAUGUUAACUAAUGUUGGCAUUUUAUGAAACUUUUGAUUGCACAGAGCUUAUUUUUAGAAGAAAACAAACAAGCAUGGAGAAUGAAAAAGGAUUAAGGGAAAUUGUUUUUUGUACAAUGUUUACACAACCACUAUCCACAGCUGUACUAUACUGCAUUGUUCUGCAUGACUGUUCAUAGAUUAGCCUGUAUUCCUCACCAACUGAAUAACAUUCCUUAAGAAACGUUCAAGAAACAAAACAAAGAAAAAAAAAUAUGGUAUGUGUCACUUUUAAGGUAUCUGCAAGAUUUUUAAGUGAUUAUGUCUGUUCCUAACAUGAAUUGUUCUGUUUGUUUCAUUCCAAGUCUUUUUACGUAUGUUUGUGCCUUGAUAUCUGUUUACACUGGUUUCUGUAGAGACAUGCUAUCUCCAUAGUGUGAAUUAGGGCUAUUUCUACUUCAAUUCAGUUCACAUGACACUCGACUUAAGACACAUCACAUCACUAAGACAGAUAGAUGAUAGUCAGUCAUGAAUAUUAGGAUGCAUACAAGUCACUUGUUCAAUGUAAAUAAAGUUUUGGUCACUUGA